AUGUGUGGAGGACAGAGAUGUGAAAUCCCAGAGGCAACUUUUCUAUAUCAAAGCAGUGACCCUGAAGGAGGCAGAGGACAAGGGGAAAGAGCAGAGCAACACCAAACAAAACGAGCCCUGUACGAGCGGACAAGAAGAGGAGGAGCUCAAUCUGGACUCCCAUGUGGUGAUUCGCUAUCACAGAGGCCCAGUCUUAAUAGGACAGCCAACCAGAGUCUCAGUGAAUCUGAGAGCUAAUGUCAGUGGUCAUUUUGCAGCCAUUAGGAUGAAGGUGAAGAAGGGCCUGGUGUCAAUAGUGGCCCAGAGAACUUUGACCUCUGACAUGUGGACAGUGACCCUGGAAAGAACCCAAGCCUCCAAACACGAUGUGUUGUCCAUCCUCUGCCACAGACAGAGAAAACUUAAGCAGCCACAUGAUCCCACUCUCCUCCAGCAGGUGGCAUGUUUGUCAGUCGACGGCUUGAGGCGCAGCUUCGGUGUUGCCAUGAUGGUGCCUGCUAAUUGGUGGGUGGAGUACUCCAGACGUACUACCGUCCCGCCAUCACAUGUUGGAGCAGUGAGCAUCUUUUCAUUCACAGAUCGUCACAUCUUUGGCAUUGCACCUAUAACAGAGAGUAACACGUUGAUCAACACAGCUAUACUGAACAACCAGCCCGUGCUGCUGCCCGUCAUUGUGCUGGCUGUAAGCCAUGACGAGAAGGUGUCAGAUGUUACCUCUGCAGUCACAUGUCACUCCAUCAAUGAGAAUAGUAUCAAGGUUUCCAGUGAUUGCUCUACCCUCUACGUUGAUGGCAGUGAAUCAGGAUUAGGGUCGACCUGUGCAGUGGUGGAGUUUCAUCUGGGCAUGCUCAGUGGGUCUGUGUGUCUGGAGGUUUGGGCUCCCUCUGUGCCCCUACAUGUCUCCUUGGCAGACCCUACUCUCAAUGUCAUUGAUGGAUGGAACCUGAUCACAGAGAAAGGGUGUGUGCCGGUGUAUCAGCGCUCCUCAGUCCAGGUUCUGACCCAGUUCACAGCUCUGGACUCCCACAGCAGAACCACACACCACCUGGGUUCCUCAGAUUGGUUUGUAGAUGUGACUGAGCUGGUCAGUAACUGGCUGAGAGUAGAAGACCCCCGAGUGGCUUCCCUCAGGCCCCAAAACAUCGUGAUAGGAUUAAGACCUGGAAAGACAUCACUGCAUGUUAUCUCGGAGCAGUGGGAUGGCAUGUUGGGCACAUGUGACAUCACUGUGUCCUCUGACACUGUCAGCGCUGGCGAUCUGUCUGUACAAGCGGUCAGUGGCCUGGGAAUGUCAGUGAAGUCCAGCCCUGCCCACCCCUCCAUCAUCACAGCAACAGUGACAGCCUACAACACCAUGUACCACUAUCACCAGGAGGCCUCCGUCAGUGUCUGGCUGCAGUUCAGUGACGACACUGCCUCCCUCCUCUCCUCUUUCAGUGACCUUCCCUUCUCCCUGCGUCUCUCCUCACUGGCUGAGAGUGUUAUUAUGGUGACACCCAGUUCCAAUCAACGCGUCUUUGCUCAGGGUGACGGAGGUGGGCCUUUACUGCGAGCAGAGCUUCUGGUUUCUACGUGCGCCGAUCAGCUGAUUGUCUCAAACUCUUUUGAUGAAGAGAACGAGGAGCGGCAGGCUUCUACAAGACGAGAAGGGACCCGCAGGCUGGCGAGGGGAUCAGGCUGGAUAAGGGUCAACUUAGACCUAGACUUCAUGCAGCCAGUAGCCAAGAAGAGCGAGGAUGGUGUGGAGUUUGAGUUUGACAUUUCAGACACACUGGUUGAAUCGCACGGUGACAUUUACUCAUCAAACAAAGAUGAAAGUUGGAACGUGAGCACCAGCAGUAACUACUAUGAGAAAGUAAGUCAGACCAUGACUAACAGAAGGUGGAAUGAGGUGGACAAAGGAGGCAUGGUCAGUCGAAACACUCUAGAAAGAGCAGUGCUGAUGCCGAGCCUGGACGAGGGCAAGGUGUACUUCUUUCCGAGCCAGGAUAAAGGAGGAGCAGAGGAAGACAAGCAGGGAACUCAUGAGUUGGAACUUGGCGUGGGUGCUGUCCUCUCUCUGCUCUGUCUCUUUGCUGUCCUCUUUCUGGCUAACUGUCUGCCCUCCACCCUGCGACACAGGUCGAGGAGGACAAAAGAGAGAAUGGAAGGAGAACUGGAGGCAGGUGCGACGGAAGAUGGAGAGGAGAUGGAAAGGGAAAAGGCCAAGGACUGGAAGACAUAGAAGAUGAAGAACAAAGAGCUAAACAGAGAACAAUGGAGAGAGUUUUAAAGAAGUAGCAGCUGAUACUGACACCUUCUCUUUGCUAGACUCAUAUCAGGAUUUAAUGAACCGAAACUCAAACUGUUCUAUUCAAACACUUUAAAGGUUUAAUUCAACCAGUUUGAGCAUGAGCUGAGCUUUAAUUUGAGAAAAACAAUUUUUACUUUCUUUUAGUUUCACCAACCAACAGGUUGAUGCUCAUCUACAUGACUUUUGUCCCCCUACCCUGACCCCUUUAACCUUUAAGUGCACAUGAUAUCUGAGUAAGGUAGGUGAGCAAAGCAGCUUUUCAAAAUGUAUCUAAGUGUGUAUAAUUUAGCUUUGUAGAACCACUUCUUAUUGUUAAUCCCCUUCCCCCUGUAGUAGGCACAUUGUGGAGACAUUAGGUUUGAUCUUAGUAGGCCAGAUCUUUGAAAGGCAGCCAUUGUGUGAAACAGGCAGAAUAAAGACUUUCUAUUAAAACAAAUGACACGUUUAAUGCUAAA